AUGGAUUACUUCCGCGGAUGGAUCGCCAUCACAAUGAUCCAACAAAUUGGGAUCCUGGCAAGGAUCGCGGUUGACUCCGAGAGCUUGCAAAGCGCUUUCUUCAAGUCUGCGACGUCCCGUAAGACCGAAAUCGAAAUAGAAUCAUAAUGGUGUUAUCGUUGUAGGCCGAGCAGCUCGUCCAUACGUGACUUUGUUCAUGGCCUUUACCGUCCAACAACUUAUUGUCAAGAUGGCGUUGCAAGUGGAGAUCAAAAGCAGGACUCUCAACUUUAUCCAUGCUGCGUUCUCUCUAAUAGUAGUUGUUUUCUUCAUCCUAGAGACAUUCCUAUACGAAUACUAUGAGAUCACAAAUUCCACCAUAAUCCAGCUCGUUUUCAAUUUAAUUUCUGUCAUUUUCACAGCCGUGAUGUGGCCUAAAUUAAGGCAAGAUCAGCCGCAUACCGAAGAACAUAGACCCCGAAAACUAAUCGCAAAACAUUUUAUGGAAACACAAGUCAAAGGUCUCAGCUCAGAUGCCGAGAACAUUAGACUAGAACUCAAAAAACAGAAAUAG